AUGAGCCUACAUUUUGAACUCUGGAAGCAGUUGUGGUACAUCAUCAGAAUGCCACCUUCGUACACCCGACAUGCCUACUUUUGCGAGCUGCAAUUCCCUGCCAUCGACACCAUCGACACCCUGAAGGGCAAGUCGAAUUUCUAUCGAUGGCACUCUGACAUCCAGCCGGUUCUCUUGUCCAAUCCCCAUUCCUCAGAUCUGAUACUUGGCAGCUGGACGGAACCUCAAUCUCCGCCAUCGUGGAGCGUCGAAGACCAAGCCUCGGUCGAGGAGGAACGCAGAGAAUGGAACGCGGCCAACACAGCGACGUGUCGCUUCAUUCGGGCCACGUUGGCCAUGAAUGUCGGCCCGUUUGUGCGCCAAUAUACCACUGCAAAGACUCUUUUCUUCAAUCUCGUGUGGUUGUACGGAGAAGACGCCGGGAUUGACACUCAGGGUGGCCCGCCGGUACCUAUGAAUGCUGAGAAUGUGAAUGCAAAGAAAGGUCGUGCCAGUCUUUUAGCCGCGCUCGAAGCCAAAAGAACCAUGGACUAUCUGCCGCCUGUGUGCGCGAACUCGAAACCGUCGGCUUCGACCGCCCCGGCUCACAGCAGCAACAACAAUAUCAACAACGAGGUCACAUCUCUUUCAGCAUCGGCAACAGAUUCUUCUGCAUUUCGCGAACCGUCGCUGAAACCCACAAAUACCCCGAACCUCACGAGCACACCAGAUCGAAACACGACAACUGCCCGUCUAUUUGACCGGACGCACACCAUCUCCUCUUCCGAACCCAACCUGGAGACCAUCCAUGAACACGACGAGCCGCAUCCAGGUAGACGUGUGCCUUCCGGGUACGUGAUAGACUUUGACUUCAACCUCUGCAGCAGAGGCGGAGGAGGACGAGGAGACGAAGCGAAGUCGGGUACCGGGACUGGGACCAGCAGCCUCGUCAGCCCCUUUUCCUCGGGAAGUGAAUACGAUGAUGAUGAUUAUGACGACGACGAGGUGCGCCUUCUUCCACUUCUUCCUGCUCCCUCCAAACGAACGGCAAGUUCCCUUCGCCACGUAGUUCUGCCGAUAUACGUUCCGAGCAAAAGACCCCGCUUGCUGACUUGUGUGAUUGUGACGGAACAGAUUGAACUCCACAAUGAACGCCACCACCGCCGCUUCGAAGACAGCAACUUUGAAACGGGCUCCGACCAGAACACCGCCGCCGCCGCCGCCAGGGGGAGGAAUCCAAACCUCGUCGUGCCGGGAGGUGCAAAGACGGGGGUCGGCAUCACGUCGAUCCUGAAGACCGUGACGACUGGUACCAGCAACAACAAAACCAGGACUCGGAAACGUCGAGACAGAUUCAACUUUUCAUUCCCGCUGCGACGGUUGACUCCGGUGCUGGGGCCGGGGAAGGCGGAGGGAACAGGUUUUGGAGAGAGAGAAGAGGAAAAGGGAGAUGGAAAAGGGGUGGGGACCCUGAAAGGGUGA